ACAAAAAAACACCAAGAGGUGUGUGUGUGAGUCACAGUAGCAAGAAAUGGACACUCCCUUUCACAUUGUAAAUCUGGCUUUGUUGUGGUGGUUGUUUCUUUUGUACUGUACCUGUCACUGAGCUACCGAACAAACCCACGCACAAACACCUGUGUUAUUCCUCAGGUUUGGAUGAAAAGAAAAUGAAGAUGUCCCUUUGCUGUUAACUGUUCAUUUAGAGAUUAUGUCACCUGCCAAUUGUCAGUGUGAGCAUCAUGGACUCUGUCGUGUGUACUGUAUGUGCUCACACUCAUACUGGAUUAAGGAUGGGAUUACAGGAUUAGAAUGUUCCACUCACAGUACAGAGCCUGUAAAUAGAUCUAGCAGACACAGUCAGCAUACUUCGCUUGUAUUGAGGACAUAUCUGCUAUUGAUCAUUGGAUAAGGAUGUAUUUCCAUUUUUAAGGUCUGCCCUUAGGUUUUUUUCAUCCAGAUCAAAGCCAUGGCGGCAGAUGUUGUAUCUCACAGCCUGAACCUCCUGGAGACUCUCAAAGAGUCCAUUGAGAACAACAAGCUGUCAGAUGUCAAGGAUGCUGUGGAGGACCUCCUGAUCAGCCGGAUCAACCUGGCCGUGGCAGGAGAGCGGGGGCCCGAGAAGUCUGCAUUCAUCAACGCCCUCCGUGGCCUGGGGCCUGAGGAUGAAGGAGCCGCCCUAUCCCCCUGCCCCACUUCUCCAGAGGAGAUGGCCAUCUAUCCCAACCCCAAGCACCCUGACUUCAGGCUCUGGGACUUGCCACCCACCCCCGCAGCCUCGCCCUUUGACCCGGAAGGGUACAUGGAGCGGGUGAAGUUCCUGCGGUACAACGUGGUGGUCAUGGUGUUCACACAGAGUCUCCAGGCCAAUAGCGUGGCGGUGUUCCUGGAAGCCCGCUCUGUGCAGAGGGACACUGUGUACUUCGCCCUGCUGGCCUCAGAGAAGGACACAGAAAAGGGUCUGGAGGAGAGGCGGAAGGCAGGUCUGGAGUUGUUGAAGGCCCAGGGGGUGGCCAUGCCUAAGGUGUUCCUAGUGAGGCCCUCCUGUCUGGAGAAACUUGACUUCCCAGGACUCCUGGAGGAGAUGGAGAGGGACCUACCAGAGAUCCGGGCCCACGCUCUCCUCCUGGCCCUGCCCACUCUCUCCCCAGUCCUGGUCACCCAGAAGAGGGAUGCCUUCAAGGCCUUGGUCUGGGCUGCCGCGUCACUCUCUGGUGGGGUGUCGGCCAUCCCCGUGCCCCUGGUGGCCUCCAUGGUGGAUGCCAGAGUGGGUGUGAGGAUCCUCACCAAGGCCAGGGCCUCGCUCUGUCUGGACGACGAGUCUGUUGAGCGGUUGGCACGGCAACGUGGCGUGGAGCCGGCACAGCUCAAAGCCCUGCGGACGUGUAACCUGUCGGCUGAAGUCACCAAGGGGGAGGUAAAGCGUCGGCUGGCAGCGGCAGAGAAGGAGUUGACCACCAACACGACCCGACUGGUGGAGAUGGCCAUGCCCAGGCACGCCCGCUCAGCCAGUCGUUCCUUCACUGUCAUGCUGCUGGCUCUCAAUGGGGCCAUCGAUGAGAUGGUGGUUGACGCAGAGAAGAUACUGGCUGCUGCUGGUAUACGAGAGGGGAAAUGAAGGAGGUCAAGAGGAGGGCUAGAAAAAGUGCAAUGAAAAAUGUUUUAAAACAUUUGCAAUGGAAAUGCAAAUAUGCAUUUGAUUCUGCAUUUCCUGCAGUCAAAUUAUCUAGUGGCUUCAUGGGUAAAAUGUUAUUCAUAUUUUUCAUAAUUUCAUAAUUAAUGAACAUUACUUCAAAAACCCUGCAGAAAAUCAGGUGUUUCUAUGUCAAAUGGUU